GACUGGGAUUCUCUUAUCCGGAACAAAAAUACACCCACGUAGCAAACGACCAUAAUAUCAUCUCCCUCACUGUGAGGCCAGAAAUAAGGUUCUUCGCACAGCGCCAGUGCCUCUAAAGCCGCAGAGCGUACACAAACUCAAACACUCUGCUUCCAUGGCUCUCGAGCUCACAGUUAUAGGGCUUCGAUCCAAACUAUCCCCUUCUUUCUUUCAAUUCAAGUCAACAACUCGUCUCAGAUCAUCGAAACUCUUCGUUGCCACUCGCAAUCCCGGGAACUAUAGGCAUCGACCUGUGUCGGCUUCGCUGCUGGACCAACAGCAACCACGUCAGCGAGAAAAUGCUUCUUUUACUGAACAAGAGAAUCUGCUCCUCGAAGCGCUGAUUGGAAUUCAAGGUCGGGGCCGGUCCGCUUCUCCUCAGCAGCUGCAAGAUGUUGACUGUGCAGUGGAAGCUCUAGAGGGCUUAGGAGGCGUGCCAGAUCCGACAGAAUCAAGCUUAAUUGAAGGUUGCUGGCAAUUAAUGUUCACAACAAGACCUGGAACAGCAUCUCCAAUUCAGAGAACAUUUGUGGGGGUUGACUUAUUUAGCGUAUUUCAAGAGGUAUAUUUACGGACAAAUGAUCCACGUGUGUCCAAUAUUGUAAAAUUCUCUGAUGCAAUAGGUGAGCUAAAAGUUGAGGCAACAGCAUCAAUUAAAGAUGGGAAACGAAUCCUUUUCCAGUUUGAUAGAGCAGCUUUUUCUUUUAAAUUUUUACCAUUUAAGGUUCCAUAUCCUGUGCCAUUUAGGCUUCUUGGAGAUGAAGCAAAGGGUUGGUUAGACACUACAUAUUUGUCGCAUUCAGGAAAUGUUCGUAUCUCAAGAGGAAAUAAGGGCACCACAUUUGUGCUCCAAAAGAGGACUGAACCAAGGCAAAGAUUGCUGAAUGCCAUAUCCACUGGUACAGGAGUCGAGGAGGCAAUUGAUGAGCUAAUCUCUUCAAACAAGGAUGCAGCAGAAGGUGACUCAGAACUCAUAGAAGGAGAGUGGAAAUUGAUAUGGAGCUCCCAGACAGUGACAGAUAGUUGGAUAGAGAAUGCUGCUAAUGGCCUUAUGGGCAUGCAGAUUGUCAAGGAGAAUGGAAAAUUGAAGUUUCUUGUUGACAUUUUUCUUGGGCUUAGGUUCUCUAUGAGUGGCACAUUUGUGAAAUCUGACAAAAACGUCUACGAUGUAACGAUGGAUGAUGCAGCCAUCUUGGUUGGCCAGUUUGGACUUCCGUUGGAGAUGGAAAACAAGUUCACCCUGGAGUUGCUGUAUGCUGAUGAGAAGAUACGAAUUACCCGAGGUUACAGUAAAAUCAUAUUUGUCCAUCUACACUCACAGUGAUUUGGACAGAGUUAGAACAUCUUCCCGGCCAAACCCAAAUUCUAUAAUUCAUUCUUUAACCAUUAAUGCUGUACAUAGAUGGAUACUCUAUUGUUUACCGUCUGAGCAAAUAAUUGCAGCAAUAGAUGGUGUUUUAAAAA